AUGGACGCCAUUGAUUCAGUGUUCGAACGUCUCAGAGGGUUCUCCAAGGAUAGCGUAAGGCUCAUCAAGUGUUGCCAUAAACCCGAUGGCAAAGAAUAUUACAAGGUUGCUGUUAGUACUGCAAUCGGAAUUACGGUUAUGGGAUUCAUUGGCUUCUUCGUCAAGCUCAUCUUCAUUCCCAUUAACAACAUCAUCGUCGGAUCUGGUUAGGAUGAUGAGAGCCACAAUCACACACAGAGUUUUAAAGCAAAUGGAAUAGGCCACGCUUUGAAAGCGUAGCAAAAGGUUUUAGUGGGAAAGCCACGCUUUUAAAAGCGUGGCUGUAUGUGCUCUAUCGGCACGCUUUCAAAGCAUGGCCA